AUGCACAUCCUCCUCAUCGGCGCAACAGGCCGCAACGGCACCCUCGUCCUCACCGAAGCCCUCUCCCGAAACCACACAAUCACAGCCCUCGUCCGCGAUCCAACAACCACCACCUCUCUCCCCUCUCACAAAAACCUCACCCUCAAAAAAGGCACCCCCCUCUCCCUCCCUGACCUCUUGAACGCAAUGCAACAAACAACAACCCCCCCAGACGCAAUUAUAAUCACCCUCAACCCCCGCCGCCAAUCCGACUCCCCCUUCUCCGCCCUCGACCCAAACACGCCCCCCGCCCUCCUCCACGACUCCGUCAAUAACACUCUAACCGCAAUCAAAUCCCUAAAAUCCCUACAUACGCCCGACUGGAGGCCCAAACUCGUCAUAAACAGCAUGCAAGGCGCUGGCGCAAGCGCCCAAUCCCUCAUCCUCCCUCUCCGCGCCUUAUUCAACCACACAAACAUGAAGCACACCCUCGACGACCACAACGCGGUAGACACUCUCAUCAAAGGCGACGCCGGCAACGACGCGGUGGACUGGGUCCUGGUCAGACCGCCCAUGCUGAUCGAGGGCGAGAAGCUGCCGGUCAAGGUGUACACUGACGAAGGCAGCGGGGUGUGCUGGAUGCCCAAGAUCACGAGGCGGAGCGUGGCCGGCUUCAUGGUGGACGCGGUCGAGAAGGAUGAUUGGAAUCGCAGUGCGCCUGUGGUCACGAACUAA